AUGGCAACGAUGUUCGUCCAUCUGCGCCGUUUAGUGUACCUAUUGGUACUUCUGCAGUGUUGUGUUUGCGUGGUCCGUGCAGAUGAUGCCGAAAAAACGACGGCAGUAAAUUUUUUAACGAAGUGGGCGGAUGAGUCGGAGAAGCAUCUUGCGGAAGGAAAGAGCUAUCAAUUGGUGUGGAAUACCACAGUGGGGUUUUGCGAUGAGAGAGCUGAUAAAGCCAGGAAAGCUGCCGAGAAAACGGAGAAACUCGUUGAGGGGAUUGCUGCCGAAAAAAACAAACAAAAGGGUGCUAAUGUUACCGGAAAAAAUCUUCCUGUUUCCCCAGAGCUGGUUCAACUCGUGGAGAACGUUUCGGCGGAGUUAGAUAAUGAUAUGCGUGUGUUUGGGGAGGCGAUGGGUACAGUCGAGAAGGCAAGGAAUUUGGUUACGUGGAGUUCUGGCGCGAUUCAGAAUAUGCAAGAUAAGUUGGUGAGUCAAAACGGACACAGGGUGCAUUAUACGGGAGUGCUAGAGGAAGUACCUGAAGAUAAAAGAACGGAGGAACAACAGCUCCUUAUUGAAAGGAGCAAGAGAGUGUAUAAAGAAAUGGAUGAGGUAUAUCAGCAUCUCCAAGUGAUCAAGAAAAAAAGUGUCGCCUGCACGAGAGAAACAAAUCAGCUUGUGAUGGAAACGAAGAACAAGAUGCUCAGAACGAAGGAACUGUUCGAGGGGCUGAAACAACAUGUUGAGGUGAAGAGUAAGGGGGUCGAAGAGAAGGUGAAUCUCUACGACCAAGAAGUUAAGAAAUCGCUGGAAAAAGAAUUGCCAGAGGAUGUUACUUUUGAGCAAGCGAAAGGAAAGGAGGUUAUGGUCGGUCGUGCGUCUAAUAGUACGAUUGGUGGGGCGGCCACUCUGGCACGUGAGAACAGAACAGUUGAAACAACCGAACUAUGGGAGAAAUUGGGGGCGGAAAAGAUAAAAGAAGAGGGACGUUUGAAGCAAAAAAAGGUGGAGGAGGAACGGGAACUAAAGAAACGCAUUGAAGAAAGGAAGCUGGCUGCGGAACGCAGGAGACAGGAGGAAGAAUGGCAAAAACAGGCGGCAGCUGCAGAGGCGCAAAGAGUAAGGAAAGAACAGGAGAGAAAGAAAAGAGAAGAACAAGCAAAGAAGGAAAGGGACGAGAAAGCGAAAAGGGAAGCCGAGGAAGAGGCGAAACGGGCAGCAGAAAAGUUGAGACAGGAGGCGGCACAAAAAGCCAAGGAAGAAGCAGAAAAGACGAAGAAGGACAAGAACAAGAAGGAUGGCAGCAGCAGUCCUGCAUUGAUGCACGGUUCCUUGAUUCUUCUUGUCCUCUCUGUAUUGGGUUACACUCUCGUGUGCUAA